AUGAGUCGCAUACAGUCUGAAUCAGAGGGAGAAGAAGAAGAAGAAGAAGAAGGAGAAGAAGAAGAAGAAGGUGAAGGUGAAUAUGAAGAAAAACAACUAAAAAUAAAAGCAGAAGAAGAAGAAGAAGGAGACAAGAGACGAAGAGACGACUCAAAAGACAGAUUCAGUAAAACUGAAAUUCUCCCCGGCGAUUUAAUGCCGAAGACAGAGUUUAAUGUGGCUCUUCGAGCAGAUGCAGCAGCAGAUGUAGAGCGUCAGACUUCGCUGCUGCGAGAAGCAGCAGCAGCAGCAGCAGCAGCAGGAGCAGCAGCAGCAGGAGCAGCAGCAGCAGCAAGUCAUGCUGCUGCUGCAGCAGCAGCAACCACUGGCGCAGCAACUUCUGCUGCAUACCCUUCACCUCCGGCCCCUCCUUCCUCUGCUGCUGCUGCUGCUGCUGCUGCUGCUGCUCCUUUAAGAGGCUUAAGAAGCGAGCGUAGAAUUGAUACUUUAAAAACUCUCGCUCCUUCAGUGUCUUUACAGCUGCAAGACAAAGACAGACUUAAGUCACGAAAAUCCUCGAAACUCGAGAGGAAAAUCACUGAAGGUCCCCCUCGUUUAUUUCAUUCGUACGAAGACCUGGUGAAUUUCGAUGUGAAGCUUAAACACCAGACCCCAAUCGCGUCUUAUGAAAUGCAAUUUUUAGAGGAGAAAGAGGCUCAAGAUGUGACAGACCCGAUGUGGGAGCUGACAGUAAAUCAGUCUUCGAUAAAAGUUUAUAAAUAUAAUUCACCGGACUCUCCUGUAGUUCUUGUAAAAGCAUAUACAACCCUUGAAGGAAUACCUUUAAACGUUCUUUGUCAUCAUAUUCGUCAUAUACCUACGCGACUGAAGUGGUAA